CACUCAUUUUUUUGCGUAUAAAAUGAUUCAAUUUCCAUGCCCGUUUCUUGCAGUGCUCGACGCAUCCGGCACAAAGCCCUCUGGCUUUAUUUACGGACAAAACUAUUGGCUGGGCAGCCGGGAGGCGUGCAAGGGCGUCCAGCGUCCGGUGGGCAUAACAUUGUCGAAGAACUUUGAGCGUGUGAUGCACCAUGGGCUGAUCACACAGCAGUCGCCGUUCGAGAUGGACUAUCGUGUGAUCUAUCUGCGUCACAAUUCGCCGUGGCAGGUGGAGAUCAAGCUGAUGUCCGAGCAGAUCAUACACAUUGGCCUGUGCCUGCCCAGGGCGUGCACAUCGGGCGAGGUGAAACAGCUGGCCGGUGAGUAUGUCUCGCGCGGCAUGUUCGCCGAUAACGACAUCUUCGACAUACGGCCGGAGGUGCUCUACAUGAAGGAUCUGCAGCUGCGCGAUGUCUUCUAUCGGCGCUCCAGCUUCCGGCUGCUUGUGGCCUGCGUCCUGGCCACGGCCGGACUUAUGCUCUGUGCCCAACAGCUGCUGGCGGCCAAGAAGCUGCCGCCAGCUGGUGAGGAUCUUGGCCUGGCGCCAGCCGAAUCUGAGCUCUGGCGUGCUCUGCACGCGCUGCUCCGCUGGCAAAAGCUCCAGCAGCUGGUCAGCUGCUACGAUCUGCCCGGCAACUGGGCUAAGAUCUUUGCGGUGCGCGAUAACAACGCACGCGAGAUACCCGUAAUGAACGGGCUGCGUUCCGUGUGCGCCAUUUGGAUCAUGAUCUUCCAUGUGGUGUGGUUCAUGUACUUCACCGUGCACAACAAAACCGUGCUCAUCACCUACGCGGAGCAGGCGUUCUUCCAGUACGUCUCCUCGGCGCCGCUGCUGGUCGAUGUUUUCUUUACCAUCAGUGGCUUCCUGCAAACGUACAACUUUCUGCGCAACGCGGCGCAGCUGGACGCAGUGCGUCGCAAUGGCUGGCUCAAGAAUCUCCGGCUCUUUGGCAAGCUGCUCUUCCACCGAUAUCUGCGCCUGGGUCCACUCUAUCUCGUGGUGAUGGCCUCGGUGGAUCUGGUUUAUGCCUACAUUGGCGACACUUCGGUUUAUCACAUCAACGAACGCUUCGACGAGAUGUGCUCCAGGCACUGGUGGCGCAAUCUCCUUUUCAUACAGAAUCUCUUCGACCAUCGCGACAUGUGCGCCAACUGGAGCUGGUCCCUCGCCUGCGAGAUGCAGUUCUUCAUACUGGCCAACGUUUUGCUCUUCCUUUAUGCCAAGCAUCCCAGGCUGACAAAGGGUUUGGUGGCGGCGGCUCUGGUGUCCACCAUCACGUGGUCCUAUGCCAUCGGACUGAGCAUUAGGUUUCAGCUGUCGUUCGAUGCGGCCUUUGCCACCGGCACGGAGAUUUACACAUCGCCCUUUGUACGCAUUCUGCCCUACAUUCUGGGCGCGAUCACGGCCUGGUCGCUGCUCGAAUGGCGUCCGCAGCUGGCGCUGAGCGAGCUGAGGGAACGCUGCGCCUGGCACCUGGCGCUGCUCGUCUUCUUCGCGUGCAUCUACUCGACGAUCCGGCGGGAUCUGGGCCCGCUGCUGGCCAUAUCGCUGUUCGUGCUGGGCAGGCUCUUCUUCUCGCUGAGCGUCUGCUGGAUGAUUGCGGGCAGCGCGCAGGGGCGCGGCGUCUGGUGGUCGCGGCUGCUGGAGGCCAAGGGCUUCCAGCACGUCAGCCGGCUGUCCUAUGCCAUCUAUCUGCUGAAUCCCCUGGUGAUUGCCCUCUUCUACAGCCUGACCAGCGCCAGCACGCACGCGGAUCCCUUCAUGCUGUGCGUGGUCAGCUGUGGCUUCGCGGUCAUCGUUUAUUUGGCCUCCAUCGUUUUCUCGCUGGCCUUUGAGCUGCCCUACAGCAAUUUGUCCAGCCUCUUGCUGGGACGUAAAGCGAAAAGUGCCUGA